CUGGCGACUAAGUGCGGAUCCGAGACUAGAUUGAUACUAGACUCGGUAUCAUUACGACGAAUACGGCAAUAGAAACGAUGAACUUGCAUGAUACUUGAAGGGAAUAUACAAUUAGCUUUAUCUUGGCUGCAGUACCCCUUUCAUUUGAUACCUGUCGUUUUCUGUACUCAACACCAAUUUACCAGACAAAGAAGACUGUGGGGAGACAUUCACCCCCCCCCCCCCCUCAAAGGUUGUCUUUAAACCUUUCAGUUAUUUUUUUUUAAGAACCUUGUUGGUUUGAUAUUUUUGGCAGUAGUGGACUGAUAUACCGAACAGCAAAGUGGAUUUAACGGGACCGUCGCCGCUGUCCACCUUAUCUCCAAGAUGCUAAUGGUGUCUCCGCGGUUACCAGUCGACACACCUCGCAUGGAGCCCGUACUGUCUGGAUCACUGAAGAGGAGGCUAACUGCGACCGAGGGGGCCUACCAGGGAGGUUUACGGCAGGGCCAAGGGCCCGGUAACGGCCCAGGUCUUGGUCUGAACGGUACCUCCUACGGUACCUCCAUGACCCAGGGUCCUGGGGUGCCCGCCAAGCGACUCUGCCUGGAAGAUGUGACCCUCGCCAUGGGUAGCAGCUUCCAGCAGAGUCUUUACUCUGGAGGACAGAGUUCUGGAGGUCACGGGGGUCCUGGAAGUCAGGGAUCACUGGAAGGUAACAGGCUGGGGAACGGUAACCCCGGGCUGGGGUCGCCUUACUCAAUGCCCCCUAAGGCGAGUCCAGGGUCUGCGGGUGUUGGUGGAGGACAUUUUCACCCCAAUGGAAGCUCCUCGUCGGCCCCAUCGGUUGAGCAGGAGCUGCAAGAUAUUCUGGAUGAACUGACUAAGAACCCGGAUCCGUCGUUGACGGAGUUGGAUCUUGACAAGAUACUGGGGAAUAAAGAGGAGCAGAAUCAGAAUCAAGGGCAUGGGCCAGGGUAUAUCCACCCACACUCGCCCAAACGCUCCCCCCAGAGACCCACCUCUCACCUGGAGAGCCACCUCACCCGUUCCCCAGGCUUUCCCCAGGCCGGGUCUCCCCAAGUAGGCCCGAGUCCGGCUGGAGCUCCCUACUCCAUCCCCCACCCCUCCAAACCAGUCCCCUCACCCCUAUCGGCCUCUCCUCAUCACUCCUCUUCAUCCCAGAAUCAAGCUCGUUCUCCAAUGCUCUCAGCAGCCCUUUCGUCUCGACCCGGUUCCACGUGGCACGAAGUAUCGCGAGCCCAACAGCUCCAGCAAAUGGCGUCCAACUCCAACAAACACCUUUCUUCUAACACCCCUAUCCAGCAGAACCAGUCCCAGAACCAGACCCAGGCCUCUAUCCCUCCUCUAUCCCAGCAAGGCUCACCCUGGAGCGGCCAGAAACUGCCCAACCUCCCCAAUUCCUCCCCACUCCACCAGCAACCAUUUAGCCCGGCUGGAAGCAUCCAGAGCCCCCAGGGAUCGCUGAGUCUCCCAUCCGCUGGUCCUUCACCACCCUACCACCCAGAUAAGCUAGGCAGUCCGGCUAUCGCCCAACCCCCCUUCAGCCCACAGAGUACCCUCCUACCUGGAGGAACGACCACCACAUCCAGCACUUCAUCCAACAUCCAGGGGUCCCAGGCCAACUACAUGCCCAGCGGAGUUGCACCGACAUCGGGCGCCACAAGGCCCUCGCCCCCCUACAGGACGGACAAGCCCCAUGUUAGUCCGUUGAUUCAACCCCAAACCCAACAGCCACAUCCAUACAGCACCCAAAACGCGUCAGGACCAAACAACAAUAUGUCUAGCCAGCUCUACAAAGCCAUGACUGCAGGUCAACCCAGCAGCCUCAAGCUACUAAUGCAACAACAACAACAACAACAACAACAACAACAGCAACAGUCGAACACACAGCAGCUACAGACUAACGCACAGCUAGGACAACACCCAUCCAUGUCCAAACCAGGUAGUGGUGGCAGUGUACCCCACCAAGAACCCCCAUACUCCUUCACUAACACCAAACCCCUUCGCCACUUUGACCCCAACCCGGACCACCAAGGAGGACAGCAGCAGAAGAUGGUGGGAGGGGGACCCCCUGGACAGGGACCCCCCAACCCCAUGGCAGGUUAUCGGGGAAUGCAGCAUGGGGGUGCUGCCGGAACAGCAGCAUCUGUAGCAGCGAACCACGCCCAUUUACUACAGCAGAGGAUGCAGCAGAUGGCAGCGAUGCAACAGGCCACAGCAGGAGCCUUGGGAGGGCCACAGCACUGUAGAGAGGAGCAGAUCCCAGGUCUUCAGGACCCAUCUGUCCCCCGUUCAACCCAGACCAACUACAACAACCUGCUGCUCAUCAGGAGGGCACCUACAACAGGAGCAGAAGAGGCAGAUGGAACAGAUGACUGAGUGUCAGCAGGGGGCAACAUUUACAGGUGGUGGUCGGCCUCUCCCUCCAGAUUGUGUUGGAGGCGGAGGUUACCCCCUGGGUGUUCCCCAGCUAUCCCACGGUGGUCCCCUCCCAUCUGGGCCCGGCCACCUCUCUCUUCCCCCUGGACAUCCAGGCCACCCAGGCCAACCCGGACCCCCAGGAUCUCUCACCCAAGUGGGCAGGCCGGUAGGCGCCUUCAUGGGUGGUCCUCCAGGCUCCAAGCAGCCCCUCUAUCACCCUUCACAGGGUGGAGAGUUUGUUGGUGCUGGUGGUAUGCCAAUGAGACAACCACAGUUGGCACACGGCAUGAUGGGAAUGGGCGGUCCGGCUGGUCCUCCAAGGCCUGGGAUGCAGCAACAGGUGUCCAGGAUGGGGAUGACAAUCGGGGGGUUGGGGCCCGGGUCGGGGUCUGGUCACCCACAGCAUCUACGACAGGCCCUGCACCAUAGUGGUGGAGGGGCACCACUCCCACGUAUGAUGUUUACCGCUCAGCAAACACACCAACACCAACAGACUGCAAUGUGGCCUCCUCAGCAGCAGGGGGGGCUAGUGAAUUCCAUGCAGCAUCGCAUGCCCUGCAGCGAUGGCCACAUGGACCCGUCGGCUAAUCACCAGCAGUCGCACGGACACAUAUUUCCUGGAGGGGGUGGAGGCGCCAACGGAAGCUGCAACCCGAACCCCAACGCCCAGUUUACCCAGCAGGCAUUGCGAUCGGGGAUGCCCGGAGGUGGGGGUGGUAACAAUUUUGCCCCCCACCAAGGACCUCCAUCGUUACCCUCCAACCAAGGGGUCGGGGUACCGUCCUUACCCAGGAGACUGAUGCAGAAGCUGGGUGUAUCCACGGCAGGGCAGCCCCUACCCUCCAUGGUCCACCAAGGGCUUCAGCCUGGUAUGAGGCCCAGGGGACCCCUCUCGGCCCUGGCUGGAAUGAAACCCAUUCCCCCUGGUAUGAUCCACCACCCAGGCCACGGUAUGGCCCCACCUAGCUAUCCUGCCUCUGGGGCCGUCGUCGCUAAACACCCACACCAACAUCCUCAUCCCCAUGGGCCUGGGUAUGGACCAGGUCAGGGGAACCCUGGACACAAGCUACCCCCGUAUGAGUACACUCAGCGGGGGCAGAGUAAUGGGGGGAUGGGGGGUAGACCUGGUGGUGGUGGAGGAGGGGAGGUAGACUUUAUUGAUACUCUGGUGGGGUCGAAUGAGGACUGGCUCAAUAACCUCACUAUGAUAGAUGAGUACCUGGAGCAGAACUCAUAGGAGUGUGGUCAAAGGGUAAAUGUCAGGGGUCAGUAAAUUGACCUCAUUCCUGUAUAGAAACACUGGGGUUAGGAGUGUGACAUGGACAGGGGAUAUAAAGGGCGUAUGAAGGCUUUAUAACUGGUAAUAACAGGUGUGUGUACAUUUCUAGAAGGUUGUAGAAAGUGCCAUGGUUAUACCUAACUUGAAUGGACGGUUUGAGUGAAUGUGAUUGGUUGCUUCAGAGUGAUCGGAGCACUACACAGCCAAUCCGCUGCUGCCGCAUAAACCAACCUCCCACCCCAAAAUGGCUACAAUCCCCUGCAAGGUGUGCUGUCCCUUAUCGCUGGAGGCCAUAUUGGAAAGAGGGAAUGGACUAAAAACAGAACUCACGGAACACAUGGAACACACAGAACCUCAUCAUCACAUGGUUACCUGGGAAACAGAAGCUUCACUCUAAAGAGCUAGCAACAGAGUAGUGGAGUCCAAGCAUUCUCAUUGGUUGUUUCUGUGUCUGCAGCUUGAACAUUGGACUAAUAAAGUUAUUUGAAAUCCUCUCCCUUGUAGGGAUUUCUCCUAUCAAAGGGAUAGGUGUAUAAAACACACUGUGAUUGGAUAAAAUCUAUGUCCUCCAGCAAUGCAAUUGGUCCAAUGUUUUUCAGUGUAUUAUUGUGAUCUGUUUCUAAAAUAGCAGUUGAAUUUGCAACACCAAAUCUGAGGUUUACUUUUGUAUCAAAGUCAUUGAGUGUGAUUUGGAAGCAUAGCUCAAAAACACAACAAUUGCAGAUUAACCAUUCGGAUUAU